GGCAGGCAGAUCCCUGUGAGUUCGAGGCCAGCCUGGUCUACAGAGCAAGUCUCAGGACAGAGAAUAGGUUAUAUGAAUAUGUGGGACUUUGUUUCUUUCUUUCUUUCUUUCUUUCUUUCUUUCUUUCUUUCUUUCUUUCUUUCUUUCCCUUUCUUUCUUUCUUUCUUUCUUUCUUUCUUUCUUUCUUUCUUUCUUUCUUUCUUUCCCUUUCUUUCUUUCUUUCUUUCUUUCUUUCUUUCUUUCUUUCUUUCUUUCUUUCUUUCUUUCUUUCUUUCCUUCCUUCCUUCCUUCCUUCCUUCCUUCCUUCCUUCUUUCUUUCUCCCCCCCCCCCCAGAUAGGGUUUCUCUGUGUAGCCCUGGCUGUCCUGGAACUCACUCUGUAGUCCAGGCUGGCCUCCAACUCAGAAAUCUGCCUGCCUCUGCCUCCCAACUGUCGGGAUUAAAGGUGUGCCCACCACUGCCCGGCUUUGUGGGAGUUUCCUUUGGAGUCUCCCAACGAUGGAGGUUUCUGUGGGUUACUGGAGUUUCCCAGUGAUUGUAGUUGACCCAUCCUGGCUGCCGUGUGAGAAGACACACGGAUGCAGUCACUCAUUCCAGGCGUGCACUUGGGGUCUGCAGCUGGAGGUGGAGGUUCUGCAGCCCCAGACUGUGGUUUUAGGUGGCUGGCCAAGUAGGUCAUGGCCCAACAAAGAGGAGCCUGCCCCUGCCAACCCCAACCCUUGUUCCGGAGAGGGGCAGCCAAGAAUGGACAGAGAAAAGCCAAGGACAAUCAUUGUGUCCAAGUGUUGGGCAAGGAGCUGAAAUGUUCCGGGGAGUUGCUGGCCUUUUAUCCCCCAAGUGAGGGUGGCAGAGGUCAGUGGAGGAGAGAGGGCAGCAGGGAGUGGCACGGCCUAACUUUUCUUGGCAUUUGACUCUGAAGUCCUCAAGACCGAGAAGAGCGGUUUGGCUUUGGUGGGGGCUGGCUCAGCUCCCAAGUGCCAAGUUCAAGAUGGGGUCCCAGGUCUCGGUGGAUACAGGAGCCGUGCACGUGGUGAUCGUGGGCGGGGGCUUCGGAGGGAUAGCGGCUGCCAGCCAGCUGCAGGCGCUGAAUGUCCCCUUCAUGCUGGUGGAUAUGAAGGACUCCUUCCACCACAAUGUGGCAGCCCUCCGGGCCUCCGUGGAGAGCGGGUUCGCCAAAAAGACAUUCAUUUCGUACUCUGCGACCUUCAAGGACAACUUCCGCCAGGGCAAAGUGAUUGGCAUAGACUUGAAGAACCGGAUGGUGUUGCUACAGGGUGGCGAGGCCUUGCCCUUCUCACAUCUUAUCCUGGCCACAGGCAGCACCGGACCCUUCCCUGGCAAGUUUAACGAGGUGUCCUGCCAGCAGGCAGCCAUCCAGGCCUAUGAGGACAUGGUGAAGCAGAUCCAGCGCUCACAAUUCAUCGUGGUGGUGGGAGGCGGCUCUGCAGGAGUAGAGAUGGCAGCAGAGAUUAAAACCGAGUACCCUGAGAAGGAGGUCACUCUUAUCCACUCCAGAGUACCCCUGGCCGACAAGGAACUCCUGCCCUGUGUGCGGCAGGAAGUGAAGGAGAUCCUCCUCCGGAAGGGUGUGCAGCUGCUGCUGAGUGAGCGGGUGAGCAACCUGGAGGAACUGCCUCGCAAUGAGUAUCGGGAGUACAUCAAGGUGGAGACAGACAAGGGCACGGAGGUGGCCACCAACAUGGUGAUUGUGUGCAAUGGGAUCAAGAUCAACAGCUCUGCCUACCGCAGUGCAUUUGCAGAGAGUAGGCUGGCUAGCAAUGGUGCUCUGAAAGUGAACGAGUUCCUCCAGGUGGAAGGUUACAGCAAUAUUUAUGCCAUUGGUGACUGUGCCGAUACCAAGGAGCCCAAGAUGGCCUACCACGCUGGCCUGCAUGCCAAUGUUGCCGUGGCCAACAUCGUCAACUCCAUGAAGCAGAGGCCACUCAAAGCUUACAAGCCAGGUGCGCUGACAUUCCUCCUGUCCAUGGGCAGAAAUGAUGGCGUGGGUCAGAUCAGUGGCUUCUACGUAGGCCGCCUCAUGGUGCGGCUGGCCAAGAGCAGGGACCUUCUCAUCUCCACAAGCUGGAAAACCAUGCGGCAGUCUCCACCGUGACAGGGAGGCUGCGUGGGAGUCGAGGUACCGCUCGGAGGGGUGACAGACUGCUUGACAAAGGACACCCUUCUGACAGGUGCCAAGGGCGGAGCUCUUUGUCUGGAUCGUGGUGUCAGUCAUGUGCUGGCUGGAAAUACAUUUUGAGUAAAGCCAGAAAUGAGAGACAGAGAGUAAAGGGUGGGGGGAGGCAUUAAAAAAAGAACAAUUAGCCUAGAAGAUUCGUUCCGGGUUUGGAAGGUCUGCCUGCAGCUGUGCUAGCUAAAGGGUGUUGGGGAGGCAGAGGGAGCUCCCCUACUGCAGGCUUCUGUCUGUGUGUGCACAUGAAAGCAUCAGGCUUUGGGAGAACUGUUCAGAGCUCUUGUUGGGCAGAGCUGGGCUCCUCUAGUUGGCUCCUCAUCUGUAGUAUAGUAAAGAGAGCCCACAGCACGAGACCAAGGAGGGGUGCUGGGGUGGGGGAGCCUGUAUAUCUUACAGCAAGUACGUUAUUAACUGAGGCCUUUUGUUACUCUAUGAUUAGCACCCCCCCUUCCUCUCUCUCUCCUUCCCUCCUAACAACACUCACACAGCAUGAGUGCAGAAUCUCUCUCUGCCCCCCACCAUGUCUACCUACAUUAUUCAGAUUGGCCUAGAACUCCUGAGUUCAGGUAAUGCUCCUGUCUCAGUCUUUUCUGGUACCUUGGGCCCAUCUUUAACCUUCAUGAGCCUUUAUCUCCAUAUCCGGCUUGCCUGUGUGUCAUAGGUGCAUGUACGAAGAGUCAGACAAAAUUCCCCUCUAGCUCACCCAUCCGUUGCUGAAAUCUCUUUGGGAAGGUGGGGGAGAUAUAAGCCACAUCUGCCCCUUCUCCUAAGGUCUCACUGACAAACUGAGGCAGGGUUCUGUCAGACUUUACUCCAAGGAACCAGUGAGUGUCAUUAAAGCAGAGUGGUGUAUAACAGGUGGUAGGGCGCCACUGGAUACACAGAUGAGAGUCUCCUGGUCCUUGACACCACUCCACAAUCAGAUAAAAUCAGUCAGCAAGGCCAGCUGGGACAACCCUUUUAAAAGGGGGAACAGCUGAACACCUCCACCCCCCUCUGGGCUGGUGGUUGCUUGCUUCUGAGGACAGUCACUCAAAUACUACCCCAACAGGGUGAAGUUUAUGUCUAGAGAGGCUGAGCCUGGCUGGGUGCAGGAAUCCAGGGAUGGAGACCUGUGAUUUGGGGAGGGUACUGGCUGCUUGAUCGCCAAAGACCAGAUGGGCAUCUCUGGAUGGUACCUAGUGGUUUCCAGGUUACUAACAGGCUGCUGUUAGUGGGUGGGGAGCUGUGCUGCUCAUUUCCUGGCCAGCUCCUGUCACUUGGGCCCUCCUGGGUCACCAUGUCCGCUAUAGAUUGCUAAGGUGUAUGAAGUAUUUGAAGGACUUCUCUAUCCAAGUAGGGAGUAGCCACUUGUGCAUGGCCUAAGUUCAAUGUCUAUAGCAGAAGAGACUGGGAGUCCACUCCAGUAGAUUUCGGCAUGGUUCACCCUCCCCUGCCUCUUCCAGCUUGCUUUGGCCUUGGCCUUUGGUUAUAGGUGGCAAGAGUCCUUGAGAUACCAGCAUCUCUGGUGCUUCCAGCCCAUCCCCAUUUGGGCUGUGACCAAGGUCUGUUCCAGACUGGAGUUGAGACUUGACUCUCUCUCCCAGAGACUGACCAACCACCGGCAGCUUUGUCCCCGGCUCUGCUGCUGUGGACACCAGCCAGGAAGCUCACCCUCUCUGAGGGAAGGAUCAACUACCUGCAGGAAGCCGGCCAUGUGAGAACUCUACAGAGCAUGGCGGGACUCUUCAGUGACAGGCCUUGUGUUAUUUCUUUAUAACCGUCUGGAUGAAUCUGUCUGUGGGGAACGCGGUUGUCCAGAAGGAGGAAAAUAUCGCAAUAAAGGGCUAUGUUAUAAGAAAGA